AUGGCGCCAGGCACAACAGUACCACCCCUCGACGACCUCGACAACUACGACAUUGACGACUUUGACGACCCGUUCCGCUCCCCCAGCCCUCAACCCCAGGCUCAAACCCAGAACGGCUCCUCCCAGAAGCGCAAGACCGACGGCCUCGGCCUUGACGAGGAGGUCGACGUCACCAAGCGCGCCCGCGUACCCCGUAUCAAGCUCGACGAGACCCGUCUCCUCUCGGAAGAUGGCAUCCCCAAGCUGCGCCGGCGCGCCGCCGACCUGAAGCUCAAGGGCAAAGGCCACGAACAAAGGCUGACCGACUUGGCGUGCUAG